GUUCGAUCAUAAAUAGGCAGUCCCAUCUCCAUAUAGUUUCAGCUCAUCUGAACCUGAGAGGCAACCUUGCACUGUACCAAGUGUAUUCAUCUGCAACCAUACACCUUCGUUCUUGCUUUGGUGGCCUAAGCAAUGGGUAGCCACUCGCCUUGCGCUUCCUGCAAGCUUCUACGGAGGCGCUGCACGCCGGACUGCGUCUUCGCGCCCUUCUUCCCCUCCGAUGAACCCCACAAGUUCGCAAUGGUCCACAGGGUCUUUGGUGCAAGCAACGUUAGCAAAAUGCUACAGGAGCUUCCUCUUCAUCAAAGAGCGGAUGCAGUGAGCAGCUUGGUCUACGAAGCAAACGCAAGGAUGAGGGAUCCAGUUUAUGGUUGCGUCGGAGCCAUCUCUUACCUCCAGCAUCAAGUGUCUCAGCUCCAGAUGCAGCUGGCCUUGGCUCAAGCUGAGAUGCUUUGCAUUCAGAUCCAGCAGGCGCAGCUGAUGGAUGCUGAUGGCAUGCAGUAUCUCAUGCAGAGUGACCUCAGCGCCAUGGCCCAGUUGACGAACUAUCCAUCCUCCUCAAGCAAUGUACCCCAUGAGCCUCUCAAGAGAGAGAAUCCAUGGACAUAGAAGCCAUGUUCCUGUUCCCAAGCGUUUGCUUGGAACGGAGCUUCUUUGUGGAUUCAGUGCUUCAUCCAUGUACAUGUCCCUAUCAUUGUUAUGUUUAGGUGAAGACACAAACUGGAAGAUUCCUUUUGUUCUCCCUAAGACAAUUCCUUUUGUCAUCUAGC